CGCUAGGGGAAUGUGAUUGAGAAAAGGGCAAUGUACAGGUUUGCGUUCCAAAAAUAAAUCGACCAAUGGUUAUUCGGUUGAAGGUUGUAAACGGGGAGCAUUGGAGACUGUGAACAUUUUUCAGGCGGUUUUAGGUCAYCAUUUCGAUUAAUCACGCAAAAACGCGUUGGCCCAAUGAAAGUGCCCCAUCUUGCGACAACAGGCAGUAGUUGAGUAUACCCUCCAAAUCCAGCAUACGCCACUGUUUGUGUUUGAGGAAUGCGGGAUUACACCAUUACACCUUGACCUCGCCAAGACUGACAAUGAAGAGAAGUCGACAUCCAAGCAGCAGCGAAGAAGACUCUGAUAAUGGAAGUAACUCCACUUCCUGGUCCCAACAUUCUCAACCCAGGAGAGCCAAUUGGAAGAAGCCCUCAGAAGUGUUCAGGACAGACUUCAUCACGGCCAUGAAGCUCCAUGACACAUACCAACUGAACCCAGAGGAUUACUACGUCCUGGCCGAUCCCUGGAGACAGGAGUGGGAGAAGGGAGUCCAGGUCCCUGUCAGCCCUCACACAACAUCCACCAGCUGUCAGCCACGUAAG